UAGAAAUAAAAAAUAGUGUCUCAUUUGAUUCACUUUAUGCAAUGUGGAUACUUCCGUUUUCAGUACCAUAGAGGUUGCUACGCUCCAUAGAUGGCUGAUCAUCGAGAAGAUACACUCGGAUUCACGGGAGCUUCGAUAACCGUUGACUCAAUGUGAAGUCGAUAUUAAAGAGAAAGUGAGAAACCUAAGUUUCGUAGGUUCUCACGUCUCAUUAUAGUCGUGUAUAAGAAAUUUUAAGAGUUUCUUAUGCAUUACAGAAAAUAUGUUUUCCAUAAUAAGGAUAUUAUUUUAAAUCAAAAAAUGUGAGUGGCUUCUACUUAUUGUCCAGAAUUGUUAACAUAUUGAGAUAUAUAAUCUUUUUGUUUCAUUUUGCAAUUCUAUAACAAAAAGGGCGGGGCAUCCAUUUUUUUUCUUUCUUACACUUAUAUCUCUCGACAAUAAAGAAGGAAGCGAUCAAUUACGGAAGUUAACAAAAUCUUGUUAGAUUUUAAACAUUCAUAUCUUCUUCAUUGUGUUUUUAAAUAGAAAAGGAAAAAGAAAGAAAAUCGAAAUAAAUAAAAAUUACUAGAAAUAUAUAUUUCUAUAUAAGAGGUGUUGCUGUAUAUUAAUAAGUGACGUAACACAAAAGAUAUCUAGAAUAUGUCGUAUUAUAUUCGGAAAUGAAUAGUGCAAUUACAUUCGUAUAUAAUUUAUAAUCAAAAAGGGAAAAAAAAUGAUACAAGUGUUAGAAAGUGUUUAUUCGGAAAUUAAAUUGAAAUUUAUCUAUCGACGAACAAUUUCGAGGUGAUAUAAAUAGAAAUAGAGUGACGCAGCAACAAGGUGGGGUCGCAUCGAUCACUGGUCAACGUAGUGUUUUAAUAUCGAAGCUCUGAUUGGUUGGCAUUAUAUUUACCGAGGGUGGGGAUGCGUAGAAUGCGACGCAACAAGCGUCUUGCCAGUUGGAAACUGAGUGGGCCACGUUUGCUGAGAACCGUUACACGUACUAACAUCUUAUUUGAAGUCCGCAGUUGACGAUUUUUCAUAUAUAUACAUACAUAUAUAUAUAUAUAUUUAGAUUGUUUAUUUUAUUAAAGAAUGAUUAUUUAUUAUAUAAUAUUAUAUAAAAGCUAAAUUUAUUAGGCAAUACAAUAUUAUUUCUAUACUUUAUUUCGUGAUAGAAAGUAAUCCAUAUGGUCGAUCAGUAUAAGACUUAUUCCAGGAAGAUUUUACUAAUACGCCGAUGGAUUUUUUUCAUAUAUUGAGAUAUACAACAUGAUUUUAUGCCUACUUUUUACAAUACAUUAAUCCAUUGAGGGUAACUACAAAAUGCCACGCAUAGAUCCAUUGUCGCUACUCAAAUGUCUCAGUGUUUUACUGGGUCCAACAGGAGGUAUAAAAAGUAAAGAAGAAGUUAAUCGAUUAGCUAAUUUAAUGACGAAAUUUUCGAAGAAAUUGGUCUCCAAAUGCAUUUAUAUUCAAAUUUUAAAAACCACUAACACCGACCUACUUAGUCAAUUCAUGGCUGCCGGUGGAUGGAAUCUUAUUCAUAUGUGGCUGACUGAUGGUAUUCUUGCUAAAAACUGGGCAUUAAUUCAAGAACUUUUGGAACUUUUAUUAUUAUGUCCAGUGGAUGUAGAUAGGUUAAAAAGUAAUAAUUGCCCUAAGCUUAUUAAAGGUUUAUCAAAAGAAGGAAGUCAUCAAGGUGUUAGAGUAUCAGCUAGUCGUCUUGUUGAACAAUGGCUGAAAAUAGUAAAAGGCGAAGUUGCACCAAACUCUGUACCGGCGCAGAUUAUGAUGACGCCGAUGCAGGGUAAUAGUACUACUGGUGCACAAGGUAUAAUAAUUCAAUCAGCUCAACAACAAUCACAACAACAACAGCAACAACAGCCACAACAACAACAGUCGCAACAACAACAACAACAGUAUUCUAUCAGUAGUGUUACGCAAAAAGGCACAGACGAUGUGAAAAAUGUUACUGUACACGUAGAAGACUUGCAAUUUGUUCAAAAUCAGCAGUCCAUUAUUACAGCGACUCCACAUCAACGGCAAGUUGAAGAACAGCAACAACAUUCUGUGCAAUUGCAAGUUGUAACUAAACCACAACAAGCACAACUGCAACAACAAUCUAACCAAUUUACAACGAAAAAACAAUCUUUUGUUGUAGUGUCUUCCCAAUCGUCUGUACCUUUAUAUAAAAUAACAAUAAGGGAUGGGAAACAAGUUCUUACUAAAGUAGAGACUGAUGCUGCUAACAUAAACAGUGUUUUAACGUCAAAUAACGCAAGCUUAGACGUUAAUGGAGAAGUCAAAGACACAGUGUUUACUUUGAAAGAAGAACAAGGGAAAAGGGAUAAUCUUGAAAGUAGUGAGGGAGGGGUACACAGUGAACAAGACGAUACGACAGAAGUGCAAUCAGAACAACAAUCUGAUCAUAUUUCUAGUGAAGUGAAACAAUCUACAAUUAGUUCUAAGGAUAGUAUUGAAACAGUAAUUAGUAAUGCUAAAGUAAUAGAAAAUAAAGAUUCUAAAGAUAAUGUUUCAAGUGACAGCAAUAAAUCUAGUGACAAAGAGAAUCGAGAUUCUCACAAAAAGGAUGAUAAAAAAUUAGGUAGUAGUGGUUCAGAUAAAAAAAGUGGUAAUCAUCAUCAUAGUAGUUCAUCAUCGUCAUCUAAAAGUUCUUCAUCCAAACACAACGCAAGCUCUAGCUCGCAUCGUAGUAGUUCUACGUCUCAUCGAUCUAGUAGUCAUCGUUCUUCAUCGAGCAGUACAUCAAAAAGUCCCACUUCUAAGGAUAAGUCUUCCAGGGAUAGAGAAAAGCAUCACUCCAAUUCAUCCAGUAAGCAUAAUUCUAAUAAUAAAAAUAAAACUGACAAAGACAAGGAAAGGGAAAAAGAAAAACAAAAAAAGGAUCAAGCAGAGAAAGAUAAAGCUACAUUAGAGAAAGUACAAGGUCAAGUCUUAAGUUCGAAGUUAGGAAAAAUACCUAAGAAAAAAUCGGAAGACAAUAAAACGGCCGAAGGUGGCAAAAAGUUAAUCACCGAUUCACGAGAUAGUUCUAAAGAAAAUAAAGAUAAAAUGGAAGGGAAAAAGUCUGUUAUCAUGUCAGAAAAAAAGAAUAUUUCCAUUUCCAUCGAGAGCAGAAAAAAUGCACAAGAUUCAACGGCAAGACCAAAGACAGUCAAAACGUUUAACUCUAAGUUUAGAUCUACUGGUCUUGAAGAAGAAGUUAAACCUCCACCACCCAGAUCAGCGAAAAAAUCAAGCCCUGUUGCCGAUAAGAAGAUGAUGCCACUUCCAAAAUUGUCUGUUUUGAAGAGACCUUCUCCGCUAAGAGAGGUACUUGGACCUUCAGAUAAAAGAGCUAAAUUAUCAUUGGAUUCUCCAACUACACCACCAAACGAAGAGAAGAAGGGGGGCAUUAAAUUGAUACCAGCUAAACCUAAACCGAUGAUGCUACAAGAAAGUGAUAUGUUUAUGGAUGCAUUAACUGCAUCGACAAAAAGUAAAGAACCAAGAAAACGAAAACGUAGAACUUCAAUAACGAAGGAUGGCUCGUCGGAUCCGAAAAAACAGGAAUUAAGUAUUUCUGAUAAUCGUGAAACUACACCACCACCUACGUCACCGUCGAGUAUUGAAGAAAAAACACCUGUUGUUGUCAAGCCUAAUUUUAAGUUUUAUCAAGAUACGUUAGAAACGGAAGAAGACAAGGAACAGAAAGAUAAAGAAAUUAACGAUGAAGAAAUGAAGAGAGAUAAAGAAGAUAUUAUUGAUAAUCAAAAGGAUAAUGGAGAUAACAACGACGAUGAUGGAAGCAGCACACCAACGCCAGAAGAUGAUACAGAAGAAAUAAAAGCAUCCGAUUCUCCCGAAGAUGCAUCGUCCGAUGGUUUGGAUUCAUUGAAGAAAGAAAUAAUUCCUUAUCCAGAAAUUCGUUACGUCGAUGGUUUAAGAAGUGUUCUUUUAUUACAAAAACGUAAAGGUCCUAAAAAAACGUUAAAAUGGAAGACAGAUUUAGAAUCAAUACGUUACUUUGAAUUGGAUGAAACGGAAAGGGUCAAUGUAACCAAAACCUUCACUGAUAUGAAACAAAUGGAAAAACAAAACGAGAGGGAAGCAUUCCAAAUGGCAAGAAAAUUAAGUACUGAAGACUUGAUGGAAGAGAGAACACGAUGGAAACAAUUAAUUCCUAUUGACUUACCUCCAGCAUUGGUAGAGCCUGGUAAAGAUAGUAGAGAGAAGGAUAUUCAAUAUGCUAGAGAAAAAGGAAUCCUACAAGCACUUUAUUUCAAUCGAAGCAUGAUACCUGAUUCAGCUGCGGAACCAGACGAAGAACGUCACCAUAUUAUUACUGAUCCAAAAGUUAUUCCUUUAGACGAUUUAACAGGCAAUAAGGAGAGUGAAAAAGACUUUACAAAUAUAACGUGGCCAGAGCCAAAACCUCAAUUACCCGUUCAGCCUUCCACAAUAACAAACUUCCAUUAUCCACCUUAUUCACAUACUCAACAGCCAAUGAUGCCACCUGUUGGUCCACAAGGGACAAUAAAUUCUAUACCUCCAAUUCCUCAGCAAAUGAUGCCUCCAACACAUAUGGGGCAAAUGGCACCUGAAUUGGCAGGUCCAAUACCUUCUGCUACAGGUGGUGGUGGUGGUUGGAGAACGGGGGAUGGAAAAGUAGUUGUACCUGAUGUAGCAAUGAAUCCAAUGGCAAAUAUGCCUGCAACAUUUCCUCAAGGAAUGGAAGGUGGUCCAAUGGUACCGCCUGGUAUGAUGGGUCCACCGCCAAUGUAUAAUCAACAAGAUGGUUAUGGUAUGAUGGGGCCAGAAGAUAUGGGAUUCAAUAAUAUGAAUCCGAAUAACUUUCAAGGUCCUCCAGGACCAAUGUAUGGUCCUGGUCCUGGUCCUGGUCCUAACUUUCAAGGUCCGAGAGGUCCAGUGGGUCCAAUGCAUGUUAGAGGUAGAGGAGGUCCUGGUCCUGGUUGGUAUAGAGGUUGUGGUCCUGGUAGGGGAGGAGGUUGGAGAGGUGGCGGUGGUGGAUGGAGAGGGAACGGUAAACAACCGCGUGUUUGCAUGCAGUUUACCAAAAAUGGUUAUUGUAGGGUAGGCGAGAAAUGUCAGUACCUUCAUCCUGGUGUUAAUUGUCCACCAUUUUGAAACUCUAAUUAAUCUUCAUUGAUCUUCCUUACGUAUGUGUGUCUAUCGAAUGAAGAUACUGCCAUUAUUUAUCUAUCAGUUCGAACAAGAAGAAGGAGAUAAAGAAAAAGACGACGAGUGCAAGAUUGAAUCAUCAAAGAACUUCAAAUGCGAGAUAAUCAAUUGAUCUGAUUUAUUAUUGGUGAUUCUUCGACAAAACAACAACCUGCAAUAAAAUGAUACGUUAAUUUGUUAGAUAAUUUAUUAUUUGAGACUAGAAUGAAAUUUGAAAAGUGAU